AUGGCUCACCUGGAUGAGCUCCAGACAGAAUGGCCGGAGGAGAUGUGCAUCGUUAGUGACGAGCACAAUCAUGUCAUUGGAGCCGAAACAAAGAAGAACUGCCACCUGAAAGGAAACAUCGAGACGGGGCUGUUGCACGGAGGCUUCAGUGUCAUCCUCCUCACUAUGAAAGCUCAGUUCUUGGUGCAGCAGAGACCAGAUGCCAAGUGCACGUUUCCUAGUCCUUUUUCUGAGUCCUUUUCUCGUCACCCUUUAUAUAACUUGGCAGAACUGGAAGAAAAAGACACCGUGGGAGUAAGAAGGGCAGCUAUGCGACGUCUCCAAGCUGAGCUGGGAAUUCCUCAGGACCAGAUUUCCACAAACGAUGUAAUUUUUAUGAAAGGAUUUUACCACAAGUGUACUUCAGAUGACAUCUGGGGAGACCUUGAGAGUCUUCUGUUUGUAAGGAAAAACCUCACAACGAACCCAGAUUCCACAGAAGUCAAAGGCUACCACUAUAUGACCCAAGAGGAGCUGUGGGAGCUCCUGUACAGGGCAGCCCAGGGACAGGUGAAGGUGACCCCAUGGUUUAGGAUCAUUGCAGAAGGCUUUCUGUUCAAGUGGUGGGAUCAUUUGCAUGACAUCUUCCCACACGUGGACCCUGACAAAAUAUAUGGGUUUUAA